UCACAGACAAACACAAACUGCAGCUGCAUAUAAAAGAAGCUACAGAUAAAUUCAUGAAUGUCUUUAGCAGAGACCUGGAAAUAUAGAGAAUGAUUCAUAAAGAUUGUCUGUGUUGAUGCAUAAUCUGCUCUGUCUGCGUUCUGGUAUGUGAUUUGUUGUCUUGUAAUAAUCUUUAUUCUUAUACAUACCUAUACAUAUAUAUAUAUAUAUAUAUCUUUUCUCUGUUUGAUGAUACAGUAGCUUCAGGGUGUUGUAGACAUUUCAGAGCCAUACAUCUCCGUGCCAGCUUCGACUUAGUGUGAAACAUAUGAUGAUUCUCUUCCCAUUGGAUAUUACUGGGGUUGGGCGAUAUGACCAUUUGCCAUAUGUUUUAGGUACCCUCCUCCUUUUCCUUUAAUCCCUGUAAUAUCUCUGGGUGUAUCAGAUCAUCCAUCAGUCAUAGAGAAAAAUGUGUAUUUAAAAAAAAAAUCCAAUAUCCAAUAGUUUUGCUGCUUUUGGUGCAAUAAAGAGCUGCGGGGAAAACUUAAAAAAUCUUUAGUCCACAAUCUUUAUGGAGACACUUAUGUAUAUUUUACUUUGAUUUGUAAUAAACAAAAAAUACGAAUGUUUUCUUGUCAUGGUUGGUCAUCAUUACUGCACGUUUUGAGAUAAAAAAUAAUAUAUUACUGCUGUUGCAAAUCAUGACAAAGCAUGAAGCAUAAAGUUCUGCUGACUGUAUUUCAACUUAAAUUAAUAUAGUCAUCUUCUGCAGCAUAAUAACGCUUUAAUAGCCUGUCAUUGUUUAUCAAAUGGGUGGAGGUUGCUCUGUAAUAAUAUCGCCACACCAACAACCUCUUAUGCCCACAACUUCUUCUUCUUUUUUUUUUGUUGUACUUCUGUCUGGCUGGGUGUGGCUCUGCCCUGUAACACGAGAACCACAUGACCAAUAGGAAGACAAACAGUCUUGAAGUUAGUGUAUUUCUUCCGCAAACUCUUUAAGUUUUUGCUGCGUGGUAAGAGGAGCAAGAGAGCAGGCCACAGUCCAACAACACUGCAGCAGAAGUAAUCAGUCUCAGCAAACAUGGAAAACCAGCUGCAGAAGCUCGUGGCAGAGAAGAAGGAUAUGGUGGAGACUGUGAUGGAAGUGUUUGAACAGGGAGCUGAGGUAGUGGCCAGUAUCGCUGGUGACCUCUUCCCUGUUUUCUCCAUCGCUGCUCCCAUUGUUAAACUGGCUCUGGACAACGUGGAGAGCAAAGAGGCCGAAUUCAUGAAGGAGCAGUUUCAGAAGGUACGAGAGCGUCUGGAGGUGAUGUCAGAGGAGAUUCAGCGGAUCAACGAUGAGAUAAAGAAGAGUGGAGCGGAUGCUGCGUAUUUCUCAGUGGAGGAGAACAUCACUAACCAGUUCAGGAAGUACAUGGACAUCCUUAACGCCAAACCCAAGUUCAGGGAAGUCAAGAAGAAGCUUUUCCUGGAGCAUUUUGCCAAGACAGGUGGUGACAAAAACCUUAACACCCUCUACAACGCUGUGACGGGAGACAUUUUCUCCGGGGAAUCUGUGCUGGAGAUCACACUGAACUACGAGGAGAAAAGUCGCCGGCCGAUGGAGGACUUCUGCGCCAGGCUGAAGAAGCUUUUCUGCAUCGGACUCAUCGCACUGUUGGGCCACGCCGCCCUCAAGGGAUACGACGAGGAGGACACGCUUCUGAAAGACUGGGGUGAGAAGAUGAAGGGUGUCCAGGAAAAAAUGAACGUUGUGAUUGAAGACUGCAUCGUCAGCUUCCCCAAGCAGGCCGAGCUGGAUUCCCGUCGACUGGUGAGAGACCAGUCAAACCUAACCAGCCAGCAGUUAGCUGAUGCUAUUAUAGAGAAACUAAAGAAGAAGUAUGACUGGGUGGGCUGGUCCGUGCGUAUAUUCAGGUCCCCGUCAGGCCUGUUCGCCAACAAGAAGGAUUACCACUGCUCAACGGGGAAGAGUCGCUUCCAGGUCCCUUCAUCGGAUGAGAAACUUAACGUCUGGGUGUCCUACAGCUCCUCGGCUGAGCCCGUGGAUAGGAGUCAAAUCCAGCAGCUGAUCCAGAGUCAGAAGAAGGUCACGGUGGUGGGUGUAGCAGAGUUCCUGUUUGAGAAGCUGCCCGGCGCCUGCGUGGUCCACACGGUCAAAACCAGCAAAGACCUGGCCUGCUCCUGGAGCUUCACCGACGAGCUCCACUACUGGGACGAGCACAAAAACAUCUUUGUCUGUGUUCACUCCGCUUGAAAGUUUUAGAUGUUCAAAAAAAACCUCUCAAAAGUCACUCAAGUCUCUAUUUGGAUACUUCAUGUUUGCACAGAUAAUCUCAAGAGUCUAUUGCUGCCUGCUGCUUGACCAUAGCGGUAAAAUAUUACCCAGUAUAUGCCUUAAUUACAUCUCUGUCUUUUAUAAGCAAAUUAUAAAUCUCAUCUCUUUUUCUAAGAACGUUUACUGUUAGUUUCUUACAUGAGGUUCAACCCCCAGAAACAUAAACUAGAGUAUUGACCUUUCUGAUCUCACGCAGCUGUGCUUUGCUUGUUUCACAACACAGACACCUCUUGGUUUAGCCUGUCUCAUAUUCUAGUGUCUCUUUUUGUUAUGAAAGUGGUGGAUUUUGAAAUUAAACAACAUCUAAGUGGACAGUUUCUGAGGAACUCUGUCAUAAGCUCUAGGGCUGUAUUUUUUGUUACAGGAUGUGCUGGGAAAUUUGUUGAUUUAUCCAGCUGUCAUACAGAGAUUAUGUUUUGCUGGUAGUGAUAAGCAGUGACCUCACCCUGUUGAAGACGUAUAAACCUAAACCAGAGAGAAAAUGGCUCCAGACGUUCACAGAGACUGUAACAGAGGCCUUCAAGCUUUCUUUUUGAUUCCACGUUUUGUACUGACAAAAAUAAUAAAACCUUGUUACUGGCUGCUGUACAGCACGAACAAAGCUCAAGAAAAGCAGAGGAGACAAGGCCUCGAACAACAUUUGCUGUUCUGGACUGGCACCCAUGAAACUUUAUUUACACACGCUGCCAUGAACAUGCCGCAGCGAAGUGAGGGCAACACUUUGUUUGCAUGCAGAUGCCUUGCAUAUCUCUUCUUGUGUCACAUCUUUACUUAUGUCUUGGUCCAGCACAAACUGGAAACUUCAUUUACCUUAUACUUUUAUAGAGGAUUUACUUUUAUAAAGGAAGAAAAACUUAGUUGGAUUUGGGGAAAUAGUACAUUUUGGGAGUUUGAGGUAUUUUAAGAGAAUCUAAAUUUGUAUAAUCUGACCAUGACACUAUGUUGUGAGAACAAAAAUAUGCCAGGGAGACACUGCAGAAAUAUUCUUUACACCUGAUACACACUGACUUGUUCUGAUUGUUUUGCAUGUUUUGUUGUUGUUGUUGUUGUUGUUGUUGUUGUUGUUGUUGUU